GUGAAAUCAAUCUAGUUUAUAGUAUUACUUGAUUUGCUUGUCAUCCCUGCUGAUGCUAAUCUUCCGUUGCAAUUUUAUCGGAUGUCCCCGAAGGAAGAAUUCUGCAGCCCUUUCUCUUCGUGGAGAAACCAUGCCUUUAGUUUUCUACAAAACCGAUGUGCGAUCCUCGUUACAUAAGAAACCUGGGCUUCAACAUUAUUAACAGAGCCAGCUUCGUGCUUGGGCCUAACCCCCUGCGACUCUGACAAAAAAAAUAAUAUUUUGUUUCUCUUCUUGAAUUCCCAAAUAUCUUCUCUCAGGUAAUCCUGAAAAAUUCUGUUCAGGGUUAUUGGAGGAAGGGUGUUAUUCGGACGCUGACAUGGAGGAACUGAACAACAUCCCCAAUUUCAAGGCUGGUGACCGUGUCAUGUCGUACUCGCCGUUUAACGAGAAUGGUUCCAUCUUUUAAUAAGAUCUUAGCUGACGAACAUGCUUUGGUAAGAUCUUAGCUGACGACCAUGCUUUGGCAAGACCUGGCAGAACCUUAGCUUAUUUAAGAGUCGCACUUCAACGCUUAUUUUUCGUACGGACAAACAGAACACAAUCAAUCUACCACUCUUGCUUUUCAACUACUUCACAGCACUACAUCUUUGCAUUAAUUCUACUUGGCAAUGAGCUCUGAGGGUGUUAAAGAUGACUGUCUUGCGUGGGCAGCGGGAGACCCUUCUGGAGUCUUUUCUCCUUACAAGUUUAGUCGCAGGUAAUCUGGGAAAUUCAAAAGAUGAUGUUUCGCUAAAAAUAACGCACUGUGGAGUUUGCUAUGCUGAUGUUAGCUGGAGUAAGAACAAGCUUGGAGAUUCGCGCUAUCCAUUGGUGCCUGGACAUGAGAUUGCUGGAAUUGUAAAGGAAGUUGGAUCCAGUGUCAGCAACUUCAAGGUUGGUGACCAUGUUGGAGUAGGCACUUAUGUUAAUUCUUGCAGAGAAUGUGAGCAUUGCAAUGACAAGGAAGAAGUUAGUUGUGAAAAAGGAUUGGUUUUCACUUUUAAUGGCAUUGAUGCUGAUGGCUCGAUUACAAAGGGUGGAUAUUCUAGCUACAUCGUUGUCCAUGAAAGGUACUGCUUUCGGAUACCUGAUGGUUAUCCUUUGGCCUCUGCAGCACCUCUGCUUUGUGCUGGAAUCACUGUGUACAACCCCAUGAUGCGACAUAAGAUGAACCAACCUGGUAAAUCUCUUGGAGUGAUUGGGCUCGGUGGUCUGGGUCACAUGGCAGUGAAUUUUGGCAAGGCUUUUGGAUUGAAAGUAACUGUUUUAAGCACAAGCGUAUCUAAAAAGGAGGAAGCCCUGAGUGUUGUUGAAAUAAUGAUCCAGAAUUUCGCGAACGAAUCAUUUAUAUCCAGAAAUAUUGUACCGCAGCAAUAACAAUAUUUGUUACCUACUGUUUGAUUAAGUGUGGCGCUCUAUCCAAUAAAAGAAAUAGCAGUUUAUGUA